UGUACCCAAGAACUUUGUUUCUCUCUCACAAUUCUGGUCCACAUUCUCAUGGCCUCUUCUUCCAUUCUGUGCACUAAAGGCGCUUCAAUUCCUCAGUUCAUUACAAGUACUAAACCGAAACUACGUCAAACCAGUAAUGUCUCGUACGGUUUCAGUUCGACUUCAAGACUUCCUUCGUCUUCAUCGGUUGCUGCAAAAAGUUCAUCAAAUUCUGCAAUAAAAACCGACACCAAGAUUUGUCCUGACAUGCUAGCGCGAGAAUCAGCUAUAUCAACACUGAUCAAUGAAGUGUCACUCCUUGUCAAAAUGGUAGACUCAAGAGAAAUAGUGGAGCUGCAAUUGAAGCAGCUUGGAUGUGAGCUGGUAAUCCGGAAGAAGGAAGCUAUUCCUAGACCACAACAUGUGCAAGCCAGUUUGCCACCGCAGUAUGUUUUUCCAGCUGAAACCCCCCUGGCCAGACCUAGUGCUCCCGCGCCUCUUCCCCAGCCUACUACUGCCCCUGCCCCUGCCCCCGCUUUGGCUGCAUUACCACCAUCUCAUCCACCGCUCAAAUGCCCCAUGGCUGGAACAUUCUACCGCUCUCCUGGUCCUGGUGAAGCCCCAUUUGUCAAGGUUGGAGACAAAGUGCAGAAAGGGCAAGUUAUCUGCAUCAUUGAAGCAAUGAAACUGAUGAACGAGAUUGAGGCUGAUGUAUCAGGCACUGUGGAACAAAUACUUGUAGAUGACGGAAAGCCAGUUAGUGUAGACUUGCCUCUGUUCGUGAUAGUUCCAUGAGAAGCGUGUGAGGAUUCUACAUGUUUUCUCCAGCACAUUCAGAGUUGCAUUUAUAUUCACCUAAUAACAUACUGAUGUGAGAAAUGUAACCUGACAUAUAUAAAUUUCUGGAAACAUUUCAGUCAUUGCUUUCA